AGAGAAGCCUGGCAACUGAGAACUGUUUUUUUCUGGGUUACGAGAACUGAACUCAAUUGGAAAAUGUUAUUUGCUCUGAGGAAACGGUGUACUCUUGUGCAACAUUAAACUGUGUAAAUCAAGCAAAUAAAGGAAGAAAACCUUAUUUAUAAAAUUGCCUGCUCCUGAUUUCAGUUGUUUCUCAAGCUCCAACAGGGUGGAAAUAUGAAGAUUUUGAUGCUUAGUAUUUUUCUGUUUUUAUAUAGUACCCCCGGCUGGGCGAAAGAUAAGCAUUACUACAUAGGAAUUAUUGAAACAACUUGGAACUAUGCCUCUGACAAUGGGGAAAAGAAACUUAUUUCGGUUGACACGGAACAUUCCAAUAUCUAUCUUCAAAAUGGCCCAGACAGAAUCGGAAGAAUAUAUAAGAAGGCCCUUUAUGUUCAGUUCACAGAUGGAACCUUUAAGACGACUGUAGAAAAACCAGUCUGGCUAGGGUUUUUAGGCCCCAUUAUCAAAGCUGAAACUGGAGACAAAGUUUAUGUACACUUGAAAAACUUUGCCUCUAGAUCCUACACUUUUCACACACACGGAGCAACUUACUAUAAGGAGCACGAAGGGGCCAUCUACCCUGAUAAUACCACAGAUUUUCAAAAAGCCGAUGACAAAGUGUAUCCGGGACAGCAGUAUACAUACAUAUUGCAUGCCACUGAAGAACAAAGCCCUGGUGAGGGAGACGGCAACUGUGUGACUAGGAUUUACCAUUCCCACAUUGAUGCUCCAAAAGAUAUUGCCUCAGGACUCAUCGGGCCUUUCAUCCUCUGUAAAAAAGAUUCUCUGGAUAAUGAAAAAGAAAAAAAUAUUGACCAAGAAUUCGUGGUGAUGUUUUCUGUGGUGGAUGAAAAUUUCAGCUGGUACUUAGAAGACAACAUUGAAACUUACUGCUCUAAACCAGAGAAAGUUGACAAAGACAACGAAGACUUCCAGGAGAGUAACAGAAUGUAUUCUGUGAAUGGAUACACUUUUGGAAGUCUCCCAGGACUCUCAAUGUGUGCAGGAGACAGGGUGAAAUGGUAUCUUUUUGGCAUGGGUAAUGAAGUUGAUGUGCAUGCAGCUUUCUUUCACGGGCAAACAUUGACUAACAAGAAUUACCGUAUUGAUACAAUCAAUCUCUUUCCUGCUACGCUUUUUGAUGCUUUUAUGGUGGCCCAGAACCCUGGAGAAUGGAUGUUGAGUUGUCAGAAUCUAAACCAUUUGAAAGCUGGUUUACAGGCCUUUUUCCGGGUCCAGGACUGUAAUGAAUCUUCAUCAGAGGAGUAUAUCCCUGAGAAAAGUGUUAGACACUACUACAUUGCUGCUGAGGAAAUCAUCUGGAACUAUGCUCCCUCUGGUAGAGAUAUCUUCACUGAAGAAAACUUAACAACACCUGGAAGUGACUCAGAGGUAUUUUUUAAACAAAGUACUACAAGAAUUGGAGGCUCUUAUAAAAAGCUGGUUUAUCGUGAGUACACAGAUGCCUCAUUCACACAUCAAAAAGAGAGAGGCCCUGAAGAGGAACACCUCGGAAUCCUGGGUCCCGUCAUUUGGGCAGAGGUGGGAGACACAAUAAGAGUCACCUUCUAUAACAAAGGAGCUUAUCCCCUCAGUAUCCAGCCAACUGGGGUGAGAUUCAGUAAGGACAACGAAGGCACAUACUAUUCCCUACACAACAAUGCCUCGAGUGGAAGUGUGCCUCCUUCUUCAGCCUCCCGUGUGGCACCCCAAAAAAAGUUCACCUAUAAAUGGACUGUCCCUGAGGAAGUGGGACCCACUUAUACAGAUCCUGUCUGUCUAUCUAAGAUGUAUUAUUCUGCUGUGGAUCCCACCAAAGAUAUAUUCACUGGGCUUAUCGGGCCAAUGAAAAUAUGCAAGAAAGGAAGUUUACAUGCAAAUGGGAAACAG